AGACGCGCACGCUACUUCCUCCUUUAGGAAAAGAACGCAGGGUGUUCUGUGUGACAUCGAAGGAUGUCGCUAUCCGGAGGCGAAUAGUGAAGAAACGGGACAAAUUUUUAUAACACGGUGUUAAUCAGAAAGACUGCACGAAGUUGGUAAACUUUAUGGAUGUAGGGGGGAAGCCAUGUCAAGCGAAACCGGAGCUUUGCCUUGUGAGAGACCGACGCCGAAACAGUAUGUCUGAGCUGCACACUAAUGGCAGAGUAGCUUGAAAAGAUCUCUGGAAGUAUUAUUUUACAAGACAACCCGCGAUAGCACUUCCCGAAUUACUUAUAUUUCAGGCUCACAAUGCUGGGUGGCGUCAUGCUUCUCUUAGUCCUGCUCGUGAUGGCUUUCCCCUCCUCUGCUGUGGAAGAUGCGACGAGCCUGUCUAAAUUUGAGUGUGUGUGUGACGGGCACUCAUGCAGCAGCGGCGGUCGCUGUUUUGGUCAACAGUGCUUUUCCGCCCUCUCCGUCCGCAACGGGACAGCCGUCCGCCAGAAGGGGUGCAUUGUGGGUAAGGAGGGGGAGGAGAUGAGCUGCGGAGGGCUCCCUUCCCCUCAGCUCACAGUCCAGUGCUGCCAAGGCCCACUGUGCAACCUGAACAUCACCGUGGCAACGCCAGGCACAGACGAGGAAACGAGGACAGCAGACGAAGAGCACGAAUGCGUGUGCGAAGGACGCUCGUGUCCGAGCGAGGGGCGAUGCCGAAGUCGACGAUGUUUCUCCUCCAUGACGGUCAGAGGAGGGAACCUGCGUUACGAGAAGGGCUGUCUUAACGAGGCGGAGCAGGGCGGGGUUACCUGUGAGGCUCCGCCCACACCCGAGCAGAUGACCAAGUGCUGCGCGGGACACCUGUGUAACGCUAACCUCACUGUGGACGUACCAGCAAAAGAUGUGGAUAUGAAAUUAGUCCCUAAAGAGCACGAGUGUGUGUGCGAGGGGAGGUCGUGUGUAAGCGGUGACCGCUGUAUGGGACAGCAGUGUUUCUCCUCGCUGACAGUCAACGACGGGAACCUGGUCUAUCAGAAGGGCUGCUUCAAGGUGUAUGAGCAGGGCAGGAUGACCUGUAAGACUCCGCCCUCCCCUGACCAGAUAGUGGAGUGUUGCCAAGCUCACCUGUGUAACAUGAACAUGACUGUGGAGCUACCUGAGAGAGUCCACGCCGUGCCAAACUACAGCGUCACCACGUUGGCCAUCGUGAUUGUCGCGCCGGUCAUCGUACUCAUAUUUCUGUCGGCCAUCGCCAUCCUCGUCUUCCGCCGCAUCCACCGCAGCCAGAUGGAGAGGCUGACGGCCCGCGACGCCGAGUACGGCACCAUCGACGGCCUCAUCGCCUCCAACGUGGGAGAGAGCACGCUGGCUGAUUUGCUGGACCAUUCAUGCACCUCGGGGAGUGGUUCAGGACUCCCGUUUCUCGUCCAGAGGACUGUGGCCAGGCAGAUUACUCUGAACGAGUGUGUGGGCAAAGGCCGUUAUGGAGAGGUGUGGCGGGGCCAGUGGCAGGGGGAGAGUGUCGCUGUAAAGAUCUUUUCUUCCAGAGAUGAGAAGUCCUGGUUUAGAGAAACAGAGAUCUACAACACUGUGCUUCUACGGCAUGAGAAUAUUCUGGGUUUCAUCGCUUCAGACAUGACCUCCCGUAACUCCAGCACCCAGCUGUGGCUAAUAACGCACUAUCACGAGAUGGGCUCUCUGUACGACUACCUGCAGCUCACCACGCUGGACGCCUCGGGCUGCCUGCGGAUGGCGCUGUCCAUAGCCAGCGGCCUGGCCCACCUCCACGUGGAAAUCUUUGGCACGCAGGGAAAGCCUGCCAUUGCCCACCGAGACCUGAAGAGCAAGAACAUCCUCGUCAACAAGAACGGCCAGUGCUGCAUCGCCGACCUGGGACUCGCUGUAAUGCAUUUUCAAGACACUAAUGAACUGGACGUGGGGAACAAUCCUAAAGUGGGAACCAAACGCUACAUGGCCCCCGAGGUCCUGGACGACUCCAUUCAGACCGACUGCUUUGAAUCCUACAAGAGGGUGGACAUCUGGGCGUUUGGAUUGGUCCUCUGGGAGAUUGCAAGAAGAACAGUUAGCAACGGUAUCGUAGAAGAUUACAAGCCUCCUUUCCAUGACGUGGUUCCUAGCGACCCAAGCUUUGAGGACAUGAAAAAGGUUGUCUGCAUAGACCAGCAGAGACCUAACAUCCCAAACAGAUGGUUCUCAGACCCUACUUUAACAUCCAUCGCUAAACUUAUGAAGGAGUGCUGGUACCAGAAUCCCUCGGCCAGACUAACCGCCCUAAGGAUUAAAAAGACUCUGACGAAAAUUGACAACUCUCUGGACAAAAUCAAAACGGACUGUUAACGUGCUUCCAUGAGGGAGUCCUUAAAGGCCUUUUCCAGUGUCCAGCGGACAUUUCACUCUGGAGAAUUGUACCAGACAUAAGGGACCGCUUGGGCUUAGUGCUCUUAUAGUGGCACAUUGUAUUUAUUUGAAACACUUGGUUGGACACAUUUUGGCAUCCAAAGAUGGCAUUAGCGGGCAUUUUAAAAGACUACAGAUAGUCUUGAUAGACGAAGGCUAUCUAUUUGGAGACAUAGGAACUUUCACAAAUGGUCACAUCCUUCAAGGAGGAAGCUGUUACUUGGGCAUUGGAGGACAUUGCCUUGGUACUAUCAUUUUUUUUUUGUUGUUGUUUUUUUUUGUUUUUCCUUUAACAUGGCUUUGGUUUGUAGAAAUGUCUGACAACCUGUUUCAUUUUAGCAAUAUUGUCUGUGCUUUAUUUCUCUUACUGCACUUGCAAUCUUUGCAUUCCGUACUUGCACUGUUAUAGAAAUAUUUGGAGAGAGAGAAAGAUUAAAAAAAAGAUGACUUGCCAAAAAUAAAAAGGGUUUUAUUUUAAAUUCCACAGGCAACAUAUCUUAACUACAGUCAAAGAGGAAUAAUAAUUAAAAAAAAAAAAAGCAGACAGUUUCAUUUUAGGGGUGUCCCCGACUAAGAAUUUACAUAGUCGAAUCUGAUUCAAAUCAGGCUUCUUAGAAGAAAUAGUCAACUAUUCAGGGUCACCCCUGUUUCAUUUUACUUAAGCGGCAUCUCUUGCACUGACAUUUACAGUAUCGACAGGAAGAAACUAUCUUCAUUUUUCACCCAUUCUGUCAUUUCUUUAACAGUCUAGAGUAAUAGAAUUGUAUUCUGCUGUUACUGCCAUUUUUUUUCUUUUUCCUCCUUAAAUGUCUGACGUAUCACGCAAAACUUUUGUAUAUCACAGAGCAUUCAACAUUAUGUGUUUGUUUAUUGUUCGUUUGUUUCAUAAGCUUUAUUGAGUACUGAUGCUA